GUGAUGUUUUCUACCGUAAAUACACAACAGUCUUAACAGCAGUGAGACAUAAGAGCGCAAACUGUUUUCUGCACUGAAGCAUUUGUUGGGGAAUAAGACCAACACAUUGUAGUUCUGUCUAUCUAACUGACAAUCUUAGUUCAGUUUGAACAAAAUUAGACAUGAAUUAAAAACAAAGCUGAAAUUAAAUUUACAUCCCUUAAAAGGUUAGUUGUUCACAGAGCUGUCAAUAAUGAGAAUCCAACCAAUGGCUAAAUAUUUACAAGCACCGAUGGGCCAUUUAUCACCACAGUGUUACAUUUCACAAGACAAUUAGUUAUCAGUGUCAUGUAUUUAGACUAAUAUUUCAAGUCUGUCACAAAUGUACCGGACAGUGUUGGUUACCCUACGGUGUAGGUCAGGAUAGUAUAAGAAGUGUUUGCAUCGACUCCACUGUGCUGUACUGCAGUUUUGUUUGCUGUUUACUUCACGGUGUUUACGUCACACUGUGUGCACACAGUUCAAAAGAUUGUUUGGACAACACAUUCAUUCAUUUUAAAAAAAAGAAAAAAUCAUUACACUUUGUUUGUGUACCAGACAGUGGCACCACAGCACAGACAGACAAUCCCCAAGUGUCAGUCAUGUGACCAGGGCAGAGGCAGUUCUUCAGAGGGUGAUGUCUUUCUUAGCCUUGGCCUCGGGAAAGUGCACAGGAGGACACAUGGAGCUCCAACCCUCCAGUCCCGUCACAAACUUCUCCACUCGCAGCGUGCACGCACACAGACAGGAUGCACCCGCACAGGUGGAUCCCAGGAUAUGUUUAGGGUUUAAUUCUUUGGCAGUGAUUAAGUUCUAGUGUAAGUUCGUGAUGGAGACUGAGGAGAAUACAAUCUCGGUGUGGGUAUGUCGGGAGGAGAAACUCGUCCUCGGCUUGUCCAAACGCACCACCUGCGCCGACGUGGUGAAGGUUCUUCUGGAAGAGCAGAACUCACAGGGUGGACUCUGCGCCACCCAGUCCUACUGCAUCGUGGAGAAGUGGAGAGGUUUCGAACGGAUUCUGCCGCACAAAACCAGGAUUUUGCGUCUGUGGACGGCGUGGGGAGAAGAGCAGAAGAACGUGAAGUUCGUGCUGGUGAAAAGCGAGGUGUCUUUGGAGAACCACGCAGCCCGGAGCGCUGAGGCGCGCGUAGUGCGCAGCAAACAGAAUCCCGGUGUGACCAAAGGAGCUGCCCGGUCACCUAUGGCGGGCAUUUCUCCAGACAAACAGCGGCGGAUCGUCAGGAAAGCUUUCAGAAAGUUGGAGAAAAUCAAUAAAAAGAGAGCGCGGGUGGCGCACAAGGACACCACCUCUGCGGAGAAGAUGGAGACUUUGGUCCAUCGGGUGGUUUCUCAGGACCACACCAUCCGUCAGCAGAUCCAGAGGAUCAAAGAGCUGGACGGUGAGAUUGAAAUGUGCGAGGCCAAAGUGCAUUUUGACAGAAUGAAAAGGCAUGGGGUUAAUUACGUACAGGACACGUACUUAGUUGGUGCUGCUGGUGCUGCAGCAUCCAGUCGUGAGGAGCAGAAUCGAUAUCCAGCUGAAACUUUGGCUAAGCUGGAGGAGUAUGCACUGUGGUGUGAGGAGGUGGUGAGACUUCAAGAGGAGCUGUGGGAGCAGGAGGCGCUGACAGACAUCAUCACUGUGCAGAUACAGGAGGAGCUGAACCAGCGCUGGAUGCACAGGCGGCGAGAGGAGCUGAGGAACAGGAGCAGGGGGCCCGUCAAGGGCAAAGGUGUCCCAUCUGUCCACAACACAUGGACAGAUAUGAGUCUAGGGAGUGAAGCGUGUCUGGAAGAUGAGCGGAUCAGAACGCAGCUAGAUGCCAGUUUGUACAUCGGCCUGCGCCUCAGCACAGAUUUGGAGGCUGUUAAAGCUGAUUUAGAUCUGACACAGGAGAUGUAUGCAGCAAAAGAGCAGGAGAUCAAGGAUUUACUGCAGAAAGUGGACACGAUGGAUAUUUUGGAUGAGGACUUGGCCAGAGAGGAGACCUGUAUCUAUGGCACAGAUGAUAAGACAGAGGUGAAGAGCUUGAAGAACGACUGGGUGGAGGGCAAAAAUGAGUGGGUGGAGAAGGCCAGAGGAUUGUCCAAGGCUCAGGAUGUGAACGAUGACGACUCGGACACUGGUUUAAGUUCUCUGCACAGUCAAGACUCCGACACUCUCCCUGUGUGGGAGUCUGUUGUGUAGGACAUUGUUUAUCAAGCAGUGAGGUGAGACCCAGAAGUAGGUCUCUGGGCUGAAUGUUGGCUGUAACAUGGAUCAUGGAUAGUACUAUUGGAUAGUACUAUGGAUAGUACUAUAGAUAGUACUAUGGAUAGUACUAUUAGAUAGUACCAUUCAAGUGUAAAAAAAAAACAAACCCAAAAAAGUAUAACAGAAGUUCAAUGAAUGAAUUUAACUGUUCUAUUGUGAAUUUGGUAACAAAUGUGUGUGAUGAAAGUUUAGUCUCAUGACCUGUUCUUUUCUUUUUUUUAAGAUUAAUGAGCACACCGUAAUUGAUGAAGUGGCCUCCUAAUCUAUGAUGCAACAAAACAUUGUGUUGCCCAAUGAUAAUACACCAACCAGAAGUUUGAAAGACAUUUAAAAUUACAAAAAUUACUGCCCCUAAAAAAACAAAAAACAAACUAACUAACCCCCCCUACAGACACACACACACACACCUUGCUAUACUUCCUUUUUGGAUUCCAGUGGCUGGAAUCUGUUGAGUGUGCAUUUGCCAAAGAACGCAAAAAAGAGAAAAAUCAUAGCUCACUAUGAAGGAACUUUUAGAUAACUUUUGGUAAUUGACACACUUUUGAUGGUGUUUGAAAAUGCAAAUUCUCAUAAAACCGUGCAUUAUUCAAGGAAUUGAGAAGGUCCGGUUUGUUUUAGAGCCCAUUUUUAAAACGUCCUUACUGCCAUUUUUUUUAUCUAUGUCUUUGUUGAGCCUAAUUUCUAUGUAUUAUGGUAACAACACAUGUCUAGUUCGUCAAAGAGACCUUGCUGAUCUGCACUAAGUCAAGUUAUUGUCAAAGCCAGAAGAUAAUAAAUAAAGUUGUUUCUGUUUUGGGUUCAUGUUGUCUCCUCUGUCUUACUGUCUGUAUGUCAGGGCUGCAGACACAUGGACGUUACCCUGGAUUGGUCAUGAUUAUACACAUCGUAUACAACACAGUAAUGGAACAAUAUUGUUCAUCUCUGUCUCCGUUUCAUGGUGUACCAGACAGUGGGUGAUACAAAUCUGUUUUUGCUCUGAACCGCAGAGUCAAAAUAAUGUGUGAAGUCAAAACAGCGGCUGAGCCCUGAAGGUUCUCUGAUGAUUCACUGAAGACAGAUGACCUUGUUCCCUCUCACACAAGAUAAACUGGGACGUUUGGCACAGGAGCCCAGUCCAUAAUAUUAGAGCGGAGCUCAGGCAAGUAUUUACACGUUAUCAAGGAACACACACACACACACACACACACAUCCUGCUGUUAUGGGGGCAAGAUCUAAUAAAGACAGAAACACAACUUUAUCAUUGUACAAAUUAAAAAUAAGUAAACCAAAAGAAUUAAAUUAAAAAAGAAUAUUAUUAUAAUUAUUAUUAUUACAAGUGUAGAAUGAGUCAUUCAUGCCAAAAUGACACAGUCAAGAGACAGUCAAAUAAAAAAGCACCAAAACAUAAGGCUUUGUUUGUUUUCCUUGUGCCAUGCUAACAGUCUUGCCUCACCAAACUGAAAAUAAUUAAAUUAUUUCAGUGUGUCUCAGGACCAAAGGACUGAAAAAUGAGACGGCGUUGAGUCUCCCGCCUUGAUAAAUCCGCCCAUGUGCCGCUUUACAACUCAA